GAUUAUACGGCAUCAAGCUAACAGAAAUCCUGGUGCUCCAAGCCCAACCCCUGGUCCGCCUCUCUGCCUUCGGCGCCUGACCCACCUCCGUCUCCACCUUCGGCACCUGACCCACCUUCACCUUCGAAACCAACAUUUGCGUUCUUGCCGUCCUCAAGACCAGGCUCUCUGUUCCAGCCAUUGAGGCCAAAUCCGCCAUUCCCCAUUCCGCCUCCGCCUUCAAUGCCCUCCAUAUCCCAGCCCCUGCUCGUUGCUUGUGACACUGUCGCUGCAACCAAAGCCAGAUAGGAUCGCGAAUUUUCAACCAUCUGUUUCAAGUCUUCGAACCCUGCUGGCCGAUCAGCCGGUGCAUCAAUGGAGAUAUUGAGGCGUUCAAGGCGUCGUCUCGGUUGUAUGGGGCAAGACAUCAUCAAGCGUGAGGCCAGUCCAUUGCUGGAACGUCUGGAGAAAGAAUUCCCGGUGCCGAGGAGCAAAUGUGUCGCCACGUAGGGAUUCCUGUGCCGCCUGGAUGGGGAAUGUAUCCUGGAAUGGGACAAAAGUAGUCCCACAUUGCCACUUCGGGAUCGCAUCCGCAAUUCAAAAUCCCUGUCGCAGCAACGUCUCGAUCCUUUGUCGGCUUUGGGAGGGCCACAACCCCUUCAAGAUAGAACGGCGAGCUGGUGGCUCCGUCACGAUACUCCGGAUCGCUUCCCUUCUUCUUAUGCCAGUGUGUCAGGCACUUGGCAUUCCCAUCCUUGGUCGUCUCUGCCUCCGCUGCCUUGCUCUUUUUCCCCUUCUUCUUUCCCUCAGCUGGAGCUUCGUCAUCCUUCUUCGCAGUGGAGGUUGCUGUCAGGAUCUGCAUGAUCAACGACCGACUGGUAGGAACAAAGUCCUCCAUGUAAUCUGACUUGCUUCGGAGCAUCCUUCGUGUCUUUGCUGGUACUGGUAUUCCUUGAUUGUUGAAGGCAUCGAUACCAGUAUUCUCAACGCGUACCUUCAAGAUCCUUUCGCCAUUGCUCUGGCCCCUGUGGAAAGGUUGUUCCGACGUACUUUGCCUGCUCGGUGAACGACCAAAUCCACACAUCUUCAACAUCUUUAGGGGCGGUUUCUGAAGUGUUCCUUCAGCUUGAGCAUGGACGCCGCUCAUUGAUCUUGCUCUUUGGGAGGAUGCGCUCAUAGAGAUUCUGUCGGUCUUGGAUCUCCUUUUGGAGCGUCUCAUGCGUUGUGUCCCAGUCUUUCCCUUCUGCCUCCUCGCAUAUCUUGUUACCGAACUGGAUGACUGCUUGCCUGAUGACCUCCAACAUUGGCUCCUCUUCAGCUCGAAGUUUAUCAUCUGCAGCAAGACGCUUUGCAUCUUCAAGCUCCCCAAACGUCUUUCCUUGAGCCGAUGGAAGUUGGAUCUUGGUGCGCUUCUUCAACCCUUGGUUGCUGUCAUCGUCCGUAUCGGAUGCCUCUUGGUCAAUCUUCAGAAGACCAUGCUCGAUUCCGGGCUCAAGACCAUCUGUGAAUACAAUUCAGUCCAUAUCUGUGAGUUCACAAGUAAUAUACCUGGCGCAUCCUCCUGAUCCACAUUCAUUUUAUCGUCUGUGGUCUCUUUGGUCUUCUCAUAACUCUUUUCUGGACUAGUCGAUCCCAGAUCUGCAAGACUUGGUGAGCCAAUGCAUGAGUCAAAAUGUCUGACUUACCUCUAGUCUCAUUUCCAUUGUUCGUGUUCAUCAUAUCAUCCACCAGCUCACUCCUCUUAUCUUUGACAAUGGGCUGAUCUUCGAUGACAGGCUGCU